AUGCUUGCCUCAAUGAAAACCAUCAAAAUGCUUGGUUUCCAACGACAUAUUACCACCGGUAUCCAGAAACUCCGGGCUGAAGAGCUUUCUGCGGCUUCAAAGCUUAGAUGGAUAAUGGUCUAUUACAAUGCCUCGGGUUAGUUACCCAACUUCAAAUUUGGUUCCAGAAUCUGACGAUAGACCAGCAAAUGCACUUGGAAUAUUUUCUCCUGCUAUCACGUUGGUCUUCUUUGCUGCUAUAUCAGGAGCUCGUGGACAGAAAUUAGACACCGAAACGGCUUUCACUACCCCUGACAUCCUGAGUAUGGUUACGCAUCCAGCGAAUAUGGUUAUGACUAUUGUACCAAGAGUAGUGGGGUCUUUUGCAGGAUUCGACAGGAUUCAGACCUUUUUGCUUCAGCCUCUGUUACAUGACACCCGUGGAAACUUGACAAAGGGUGUUUCGGACCCAGCCUCUGGUCACUUGAUAGAGCUUGACCCUGCUAUUACCAUGCAAGAUGUACUGAUAGGUCACAAGAUCCAUGUUCUGGGUAAUGUGAGUCUCGAAGUUACUGCUGGCUCUAUGACCAUCAUUUCGGGCCCAGUUGGGAGCGGAAAAACAACUCUACUACGCACGAUACUUGGGGAGAUAAUUCCUGCUCAUGGAACAGUCCGUGUCUCAACACGAAAGAUAUCAUAUUGCGCCCAGAAACCUUGGCUGCCGAGUAGUUGCAUUAGAGAAGUGAUUCAUGGCAUGGAUGGUAAAGUAGAUACCAAGUGGUACCAUGAAGUCAUAGAAGCAUGUUGCCUCACGCAUGAUUUGGAGGCAAUGCCUGAUGGAGAUGAAACUCAAGUUGGUAGUCGGGGGCUGAAUCUUUCUGGUGGACAGAGACAACGGGUGGUAUGUCUUUUUCUCGCGUUAUGGGUAGUGGAUUCUAAUGAUAACAGGCACUCGCACGAGCAUUUUUUGCGAGAUGCGAUAUCAUUUUGCUUGACGACUGUCUUAGCGGGCUUGAUGGUGAGACCGAGAAGAAUGUAUUUGAGAAUCUACUUGGGUCUGGAGGAUUACUUCGAAAGCUGAAGACAACUGUCAUUCUUGUGUCCAACUCAAGUAAGUCCAUAGAUGCCACUCCUAGCUCAGUUUACUUACUCGAGUGUAGCUCAAUACUUUCAAGCCGCAGACCAAAUUCUGGUUCUGGAAGACGGUGGAAUAAAAGAACGUGGUACUUGGAACGAUAUCAAAGUAAAAGCUUCAUCGAUAGCAAAAUUCGCCCCAGAAAAAAGGAACAGUCUUGAAGCAGCCCUAUCCCCGAAACUUGAUCAGCUUAGCGCCCAGAUUCAAGCAAAGAACGAUUUAGAAAACGAUGUUUCUAGGCAGACCGGAGACUUUGCAUUAUAUGGUAUUGUUUUUGCGAAGCUGUCAAGAAUAUGGCUAACUUGGACACAGGCUACUAUUAUCGAAUUGUGGGCUUGA